AUGGCACCUCCUACAGAGAACGACAACCAGAAGGUCCGUCGCCGAUCGACUCGAUCAAACUUUGGGAAACCGUAUCAUCAUGAUGACUUCGUCUAUGGAGAUGAGGCGACUCGAGUUGUCCCUCGACACAAGAGACGCAUGCCUAAGACAAUCGACCUGGCUGUCGAUGAUGAUGAUGAGGAUGAGGAUGAGGACGAACUGGCCUCUUCUUCUGUGCCCCCAGCACCUCGAAAGAACAGCAUCGUCCUAGACUGCAUUAAUGUGCAGCUCCCCCCUAACAUGUAUCCGAGAACCGCAGUUGACCAGCGAGCUGGUCAACCGGACGACGAUGCAAUGGAUCUGGACAAUUUCCUCAAUCUGGAUCUGUUGGAUGAUGAGGAGACGGCCGAAAAAGGGCCAUCACCCCAAACAGCUCCCAAGCCUACCAGCGCUGUUGAUUUGGAUGUUGCUAUGGUUGACCUCAAUGAUGGAUUCGCUAACAUCAUGCAGCUGCACGGACAACAGUCGGAUGAGAAAAUUCUCAACGAUCGCCUGGCUUCACAGAGACGAUAUGCCAAUGACAACGACUCGCCGGAUGCGCUGUGUGCUAGAGCCAUGAAGCCUAGUGCCUAUUCGGAUGUCUCCGAGGAAAGGUAA